AUCUUUAAUCUUUUAAUAUUAUAUCUUGUCAAUAUGGCAGUGAAAUUGCCAAAAGUGUUCUAUAUAUUUCCCACAAGACAUCAGUAUUUUGUUUCAGCUCAUGUUUGAUAUUUGAAAAGAGUUAUAAUUUAUAAUUGGUUAUUGAUUUUCACCCUUUAUUCAUGUGAUUUUGGUCAAUAAAUCUUAUUAUAUUUUCUUCUGUACUUUAAAAUUUACCGAAUGAAUGAACGGUCAAUGACGCAGAAAAUCACUUUAAACGAAAAAUAUACUUUAUUAUACAAGUAGGCUAACUUCUGAAUUACACUCAUAACUCAUGAAGGCUAAGUUUAAUUAGAAAAGCAUAGCUUAUCUUGGUACUAUAAGGCCCUUUUUCAAAUUAUUAGAUAUUAGAUGCAUUUGUUGCUACUUUUCAAACAAACUCUUAUUUAAUAUCACUAAGUGCUUUGAAAUAUAAGAAGUCAAAAUUAAUUAUAUACAUAUUCAAAAGAUAUUUUAGAUAUAUAGAUAGUAUAAAAUACACUAUUAACUUUUCUUUUUUUGACUCAAACUAGUAACUUUUCUUUGAGAGUGAAAUAUGCAAAAAGUAGUUAUAUUUAAGAGACAAUGGAGUAAAUCGUAUACAAUAAACCUGAACCUCACGAGAAUCGUCAUCUUCUUCACCGACAUCUCCGUCAUCGUCUUCCCUUCAGAUCCAUUGUGUUCUCGCCUGGCCCCAGCUCCAUCCUUCUCUUCUUCUUCUUUAGUUUCUCAUUUCUCCAAACAAGAAGAGAAUUGGCAACAUCAUCCAUGGCGGCAGAGGUAGACUGGUCUGAACUCCCAAAAGAGCUUCUCAAUCUCAUAUCCCAACGCUUCGACGUCGAUGUCGAUCUCAUUCGCUUCCGAUCUAUUUGUUCCAAUUGGCGGCGCUCUUCCAUCUCAAAUCACCAUACCAACAUUUUACCCUUCAAGAUUCCAGUCCCUAAAUUAUCAUUCUACGUUGAUCCCAUCAACAACAACAGCGACACUUCACCAUUAUGUUACUUCUCCAAACAAAGUAUCUUCCUCAUCAAACCACCACAGCAACAGCAACAAGAUCAAACCCUACUUCGUCCUUGGUUGAUAAGAACUCGCCAAAACUCAAUUGGCAAACCCAAACUCAUGCACCCAUUCCUCCUAGAUUCCAAUCCUGUUCGUUUCCCUUACGUGCUCGAUUUCAACAAAUUCUCCGUCCUCCAUUUGAGAACCAACUUUAUCCCUGACACCGACAUCUCAAUGUACAGUCAACCCAAUGACAGUUACUACCAUUUCCCUGAAAAGGUUGUUGUUGUCACGUGUCAUGGACAACAACCUCUAGUUCUCGGAACGUUCCCCUUUCAUACCCCUGAACCUGUACUGUUCAAAUGUGGCGAUGAGAAUUGGAAGGGCAUUCCCAACAUGUUGUCUACCUUGAAAGACAUAUGCCUUUUCAAAGGGCAGCCUUAUGCGGUUGACAAUAUUGGACGGACAGUUAGGGUCGGAUGGGACUCAAGUGUCCAAUUAGUGGCUGAACCUUUGGUUGGUGGUGGUGGACACAUAAAAUUCUUAGCGGAGAGUGAGGGCGAUUUGUUGUUAGCAGACGUUUAUAACUGGUUAUAUACUGGAUUCUCUAAUCAUUGUCCUGUAAGGAUUGAUUUGUUUAAGCUCAAUGGGAAGGAGGAGAAGUGGGUCAGGUUGACGAGUUUAGGGGAUAGGGUUUUGAUACUGGGGGAGGGUUGUUCUUUUUCUGCUUCUGCUUCUGAUUUGCAUAUUGCUCAUGGGAAUUGCGUCAUCUUUAUGGAUAAUAUUUUCCACCAGUUUUCAUUCUUGCCACCUAAGACUUGUAUUUUGCACUUGGAUGAAGGUCGGCUUUCGCCUUUGUCCGAUUAUCCUGAAUAUGACAACUUGUUCUGGCCACCUCCAGAGUGGAUCCUCCAAAGUUGAAUUUGUUAUUGAGUAUGUUAUCUUGCAUCGAGAGAUUUCUAAUGUGAUAUAGAUUAUCGUGCUUACUUUAUGUUGUUAGAUUGGAAUAAACUUUUCAACUAGUACUUGUAGAUAAAGAAAAAAUUGAAAUGUUGUUACAUUGACUAUGGGUAUUCUAACUAAUAUCUUUGUAAAUAAAAUUUUCAUUUAAUUUUGUUUUCCAUAUGCAACUAGCUUUUACUAAAAUCUGGAUAUGUUUUAUGCAUUUUGUUUUGACUCAUUGGUGGGAUGACUUAUAUUAUAUAUAUAUAUAUAUAUAUAUAUAUAUAUAUAUAUUCGGGACAUCACCAUGGCAAGUUAUUAUUAUGAUGUUUCUAAACUAGAUGUAACAAUCU